GCCGCGGGCGGUGCUUUAUCAGCUGCCAGGGCCGGCGGCGGCGGCGGCCGCCCGUCCCUCCUUCCUUCCCUCCCUCCCUCCUUCCUUCCCUCCCUCGGCGCCCCGCCGCGCAGCAUGGCCGGGCUGGGCGGCGGCUCCGCCGCCUUCGGGCGCUGCACGCACGCCGUGGUGCGGGCGCUGCCCGAGUCGCUGUGCCGGCAGGCGCUGCGCAGCGCGGCGGGCCCCGAGGUGGACUUCGCCCGCGCGGAGCGGGAGCACCAGCUCUACGUGGGCGUGCUGAGGGGCAAGCUGGGGCUGCAGGUGCUGGAGCUGCCGGCCGACGAGAGCCUCCCCGACUGCGUCUUCGUGGAGGAUGCGGCCGUGGUCUGCGAGGAGACGGCGCUCCUCACCCGCCCGGGCGCGCCUAGCCGCAGGAAGGAGGUUGAAGCCAUGAAGAGAGUAUUGGAAAGCCUCAACCUCAAUAUAGUAGAGAUGGUAGAUGAAAAUGCAACCUUGGAUGGUGGAGAUGUCUUAUUUACAGGCAGAGAAUUUUUUGUGGGUCUUUCCAGGCGGACAAAUCAACGUGGUGCAGAAAUUCUGGCUGACACAUUUAAGGAUUACGCUGUCUCCACAGUCCCUGUUCAUGACUCUCUGCAUCUGAAGAGCUUUUGCAGCAUGGCUGGACCAAACUUGAUUGCUAUUGGAUCAAGUGAAGCUGCACAGAAAGCCCUCAAGACCAUGCAACAGAUGAGUGACCACCGCUACGACAAGCUGACAGUGCCCGACGAUGCCGCAGCAAACUGCAUCUACUUAAACAUUCCCAGCAAAGGCCACGUCCUGCUGCACCGAGCCCCCGAGGAGUACCCGGAGAGCGCGAAGGUAUUUGAAAAACUGAAGGACCACAUGCUGAUCCCAAUAGCCAACACAGAACUGGAGAAAGUAGACGGCGCACUCACCUGUUGCUCUGUGCUUAUUAACAAAACUUCAGAGUUAUGAGUUUACAGACGAGUCCCUUCCUUGUAACUGGCAAUAAUGUUACACACAAGGUAGACGAAUCUGUAUCCACACUUUUAUUGUUUUUAUUGACAAUCUACUGUACCACUGUGCUACUAACCCUUGUUUACAGAUUUUUUGCUUUGUGUAUUUUUAUUAUGUCCUUGCAGAUGGUAUUUGAGGUGGAUGUACCGUUUGUUGGGGGGCACAUAACUCUGAAGUAUGUUAGUCCCAUGGGCUAGCGGAAGACAAUUAUAACAGCUAACCCCUAGCUUUAGUGAUUUAACAUAUCUGUGUGAAAAAUUUCAUGAAAACCAACUAAUGCUAAGCAUUUCAAGCACCUCUGUUGUUUUUACACUGUUCCCUUUUCCUGUCUUUUUUUCUCUUGCUUCCUUGCUCUGCAUCUUUUUGUCCUUCCUCGGUCCUCUUUACUUUCAGAGAUGCAAAGUGUCGGGGGACAGAAGAAAACUCAGUGGGCUCAUGAACUUGGUGUCUUGUGUGGUAGGGAAGCUUUCCGUGCGCUAGCUGGAACGGUGGGCAACAGGCUGUGCUCGCUGUCUCGGCCACAUCACACUGCUGCUGCUGGGCAGAGUUGUGGCUGGAAUCCGUUUCAGACACCAGGUAGCAGCUUUGGAAAAAGCUUCCUGCGACGGGAACGUUCAAGGGCAAUGCCUGCCUGGGAAGCUCGAGUGACAGAAAAAGAGAGAGCAGGGCAGCUGCACAAGCUACAUCCUGCAAGUUCAGGUCCCAGUUUGCUGCUAAUGCCAUGACUUCUGAUUUGGUGAGAAUGGAAGAAGAGUUCUUAAAAAGGUCAGAUCCCAGAGAGCACCCGGACCACAAAAAUGAAAGACUGAGAUGCUUCGGAAAAAGUUAAAGCUACAAAAGUAAUCUAAAAUGGGGGGGGGGUGGGCAUGUGAUUCACUUUGCUUACUUUUUUUAUUUAUUUCUGUCUCUCCAUUUUCUCCUCUUUUGGAGGCCACUUACUAGGAAAAUUCAAAAGAAAAGGGUGAUAGAAGGAGUUGAAGGACAGCUAUUCCUGGACUAUGCUCGUGAAUAAGGGAAGCUAUUUUUCCCUGAAAGAUUGGCAUUUGUACUUUAUCUGCCCUUGGGGCAGUUUUCCUUGGAACAAUACCCAUCUUAUUUUUUUUAAUUGCAUGAAUGUUAACUGUGGUAUUCAGUUAAAACAAAUACAAUUUUUGUAGCAAAUUCCACAACAUGUUUACCCACUGAGUCAUGCUUUUUUUUUUUGCCACAGUAAAGUGAAGCAUACCCCAUUGUAUUCACAUGCUUCUUGUUAAAUCAUUUGUAAACUAAGGAUGAAGAAAUUCCCAAACAGAGGCAGUAGUGGGAACUCUCCGGAGACUGACAAAUAGUCUGAACACGUUAUCAACUUCCUAGACAUCUCCUCCACCUUUCCUGAACUACUUGUGGCGCGUUGCUAAGGUACAGUAGGAAGCAAGCAGGGGUGGCUCAGGCAGUGUGGUCUGCAGGAAAGCAAACAGCAUGAGCCGAGCACACACGUAGAUAUCCUUCAGAAACCUGUGUGCUUUUUUGCGCAGUCGUAAGGGAGGAAACACAAGUACUCAUAUCCGUAGGUACUCCUCAGCGUAUCUCUCACUUCGUCGCAGUGGCUAAUGAGGAGGAAACCUCCUGGCAGCUACCAGAACACAUCUGAUGUUUUGUGGGCACACAAUGUUGUGAUGCCACGAGGUAUCAUGAGGGAGAGAGCAAUGAGGAGCGAAUAUAAUGUGUGUGAAAAGAGAGCAUGUCCUGAAGGGAGUCUUUAGCCAGCCAAACAGCAAGGGCUGAUUUUAUGGCUGUGUGCUGUCCCAAAGGGUUCUCCUAAUGUUUCCCCUUGGUCUCCUCCAUGCCCAUGCGCCAGCAUUUAAGCCUGACCCAGGUGGUUAGGCUCUAAGGAUGUAAUUGUCGCAGUGGGGAAUCUCUUUUUCUACCUUCCCUUGGUGCUUUUUAAAUAUCUGAUAAAGAAUCUUGCGUUUUAAGAUGACUUGACGUUAAACAAAGAUUUUGUGCCAAAAAGUGACUCUGCAGUAUUUAACUGGGACCUUCUAGAGGCAGGCUGUACACUGUGCAGCCAUGGGAGCUGUUGCAGAAAGGCGGACAGAAUUGCCCCUAACCUGUCUGUGCACCUCCUGGGGCCUGCCCCCAUCCAUGUCCUUCAGUCCCUCUUCCCUCCGCUCACUAGGGAGCCAAAGCAUCCAGCUACACUGGGGCAGCAUUAGGCUGUGGGAUUUCUAUUAAAUUUAUCUCUCAAACUCUCUGUUAUGGUGGGUUUUUUUCCUUCCACCCACUCUCACCUUUCACCUCAGAGUCACCUCAGUCUCUCUUUUCCACAGACUCUCGUUUAUGGCACAAUGAGGACUCUUCUUUUUUUAACCCCAAGUGGUUUUGCCUUCUGUUGCCUCAGUUCUCCUACUUGAGUCUUCUUUUUUCUGUACUCCUCCUGCCUCAUCGCUGUUCACUCCAAAGUAUCCCAACCCACAGUGGACUAUUCUAAACUCACUCCCUCCUCAAGUAGGUGCGGGAGGGAGGAGAAACUGAGGGGUCCACUUUGGCUCUGAGCAACUUCUUUCAAGCUGGAAGGAUGACUGCCAACAGGAGCUAUAGAUCCAGAGAGGGACAAGGGUGACUCCUUUUCUUUAGGAUUACUCCGAGAGAAACAUUUGUGGUAGAAGUUGUUGAUAUCUUGUGUCCCUGAAAGCAACAGAAUAGGUGACAAUGAAUUCCCCUGGCUCCCCCAGGGAGGGAGAGGGGCAGCUGGGAUUUCAGAGCUGAGAAAUGUGUAUGCUGACAGAGACAUUGGUCUUUCACCUGUUGCCGUUCAGAUUUCCUUGCCUUCAGGGCUGCGUUUCCAUAUACAGAAAGAGCAAGGGAGUGGCUGAGGGACCUGAAUUCCCUCAGGUGAUGAUUUCAAGUUGUAUUCAAACUGUCUAACUCCAGGCGUGGCAUUUAGGUGCCCUAAAUCACACCUGCUUUCUCUCUGUUGGUCUCAGUAGGUAUCGCAGCCUCCUCGCGUAGAUGCUCUAAAUCGCAUCUUAGCCCGAUGCCAGAAGUUACCUAAGCUGGUUAGUGGGAUUGCUCUCCUCUCUGCUUUUAGCGUUACUCUUUAUUCUGGCAUUAUAAAGCAGAAACAUUAAGAGCACUUCAGUUUGUGCAUUUGCAGUAUGGUACUAAGAACUAAAAUCAUGCCAAGUGCUGCUGCUUCUUGCUGUUUGCUAUUUUUUCUGUUGCCCAAACGAAGAAUUCGGUUGUGAGGACAUUUCUGCUGUGAUACAUAUGCAUCAAAUGGGCAUCCUGUACAUCUCAUCACUAGAACAUUUCUCAGAUGCCUGAUAUAAAUCAUCAUCCUUGAUUAAUAUAAAUAAUAAAACCCCGAACCAAAAAAGGAGACGAGACACGGAACACUAAUAGCUGCCCACAUAAAACACUUGAUAACGACUGGCUGUAUGACACAGCAGGCUGGUGCACAAGUCCUUGUGGUUCGUAGCUCAGCAAAGGGGCUUGAAUUACUCAUCAAAGGGUUUUGUUUUUUCCUUUGAGCAAUCGGUUUAGCUCCGCUCAAAUGAGAGAGCUACCACGUGCAUUAUAGAUCUUCCAUGGAUGUUAUCUUUGCCAAGAGUUUAGGGAGAGCUGUGAUAUGUGGGUUUCUUUCUUCACCAGGAUGUGAAUACAGUGUCUCUCUCCGCAGUGAAAAUGUGAAUGCAUACUGUACCUUACAAGAUAAACUUGAAUUCUUCCAUUUCUGCGUUUUUGUCUUUUCCACGCUAAUAUACUCCUUUUCGGUCUUAAAUAGAUGCCACUGUAUGAAGCUAUGCUCUGAUUUUUAUGGUGAUUUCGUGUGAUAGGUACAGAGCUCAUAGGUGACACUAUGUCCAGUUUUAAAAACACAAAGUCAGCGCACAGAGUGCUGUUUGUUCACAGCACAUUGGAGAUGAAAUAUGGGGGAAAAAUGAGCUUUUGGUUUUGUUCAGCUUCUUACACAUUAUAUCAGUAAGUUGGAGCCAAAUUAUGGUAGAAAACGUUAACAUUUACAUGGAACCAUUUGGGAGAAAUAAUUUACUAUUUAAGAUUCUCUAUUUUUGCUUUUAUCAAUAAGGAAGCUGAAAAGAUAAGACUGCUUCAAGAAUGGUAUUUGUUAAGUGAUUGUGAACAAGGUGUCAUUGGACCUCAUGUAUUUUCAGAAGAGUUUUAACUGGAUGUAUGUAACUUGUAUAGAGUUGCAUGUGAAUCGUGUUAGUCACUGGUUUACAUUGUAUUGUUCUGCAGUGCACAAAUAUGACUACUGAACGCAGAAGUGUUACAUUUCAUUAAACUUAAAAUCUCGUCGCAGUAUAUAGCUCCCCACUUUUUGUGCCAAAAACAUCAAUACAUUCCAUAAUCUGUUCUAAUAGAGGUUUGCACUUUGAUUUUUUUUUUGUGACUUGCAGUUUCAAUACUAUAUAUCCCCAUCACAAAGGAAUAAAAUGUCAGUUGUACUGUG